AUGAGUUUUGAAAAUUUUGUUAAUUGGACUGUAUCAAUUGAUUGUGGAUCAACAAUUGGAAAUUAUCAAGGUCAAAUAAAAUCUGUUGAUGGAAUAAAUCAAAGAUUAACAUUAAAAAAUGCUUUUCAUAAUGGAAUUUUAAUUGAUCAAGAUGGUUCGAAUAAUGUUACGAUUAAAGCUAAAGAUAUUAUUGAUUUAAAUCUUUUAUCUCAACCAGAUGAAGGUCUUGUUGUUCCAGGAAUAAAUCUCGAAUUACGUAAUAGAUUAUUUUCAUCAGCUGAAUAUCAUGGUUAUUUAUUAGAAAGACGUAUUGAAUCAAUGGGUCGUUGUACAACUGAUAUGUGUUUGCAUUUAUUAGGUGAUACACAACGAUUAUUAGUUAAAAAUCGUCAUCAACAUCCAACAAUCGUUGUUUUAGCUUGUUUAACUGAAGUUCAAGGAGCUUAUGCUAUUUGUGCUGGAAGAAUUUUAGCAUCAAGAAAUAUUCGAAUUUAUUUAUAUAUUCCACCAAAUUCAACUCCUAUUCAAUAUCAUUUUAUUGAAAAUGAACUUAAAUUAUUUCGAACAACUCAAGAUCUUCCUCGAUCACCUGUUGAUUUAAUAUUAAAUGUUCAAUAUUGUUCUCAUCUUCAAGCAUCUGUUAUUGGUGUUGAUCUACCAUUAGAUGGUGGAGCUAAUGAAUGUAAAUAUUCGUUAGUACCUUUAUUACCACUUGUUUCAAUGUCAUCAAAAAAUGUUGGACGAUUUUAUCUUUGUGAUCUCGGUUUUGGACAACACGUUUUUCAACAUUUACAAAUUCGUUAUGCAUCACCAUUUGGAGCAAAAUCAUUUGUUGCUUUACAUGAUAAUUAA